UAUUCAGUUGGUAUUGUCCACGAAAUAAAUACUGUGUUGAUGUUAAUACUUGAUUUGAAUUAUAAAACUAGAAUUCUGAAAAUUAUAAACAUGAAGUUCGUAGUGUCAAAGUAUGUUUGUUGUUCGAUGAUUGAUUUAACGAUAGCUUGUAGGAUAAUUGCUUCAAUUGGUCUUACGAUUUCCAUCUGGCUCGUCGUGGUUUUGAUAAACGAUAAAUUUUGGAGGGAAGACGAUUAUUAUGACCUGAGCAGAAAAACAGCUCUAGCUCUUGGAUUGGACUGGCAACAUUUCCAUGCAAAAGCUGCAGCUAAUCAGCAAGACGACCCAGAAGGUAGAAUGAUUUCUAUCAUAGUGUUGUUUUAUUCGGCAGCUUUCCUGAUUAUCAAUAUAUUGCUGUUUUUCGGAACGAUCAUUCAUAAUAGCUACUGUGCCAUGCCAUGGUUGUUGUGUGAACUUCUUGGAUGUAUAUCAAAAUUAGGAGCACUCAUUUACCACUUGCACUGUGAUCACCUGAACAGAUUUUUUUUCGUUGGAUCCAUUGUGUAUAUAGUAUUAAUGGUGUGGUGGUGGACGGUGGUUUUCCUCGCUCAACUAUCGUGGAGAAGAGCACGGAAAUGUGAUUUUGAACUGGAAAUGUCAUCGGUGUGCACCAUGCAUCCAGUUCCCAAUGAACAAAAGGGCAUAUCGAGAAUCCACGUUUACCGGAAUUCGGUAACUAUCGACUCACCAGACCCGUACCAGCCCAAUAAACAAUACUCUCCGAUAUGAGAAAAGUUUAAUUGCUUUAUACCUUUUUGGUGUACUAAUUUCAUUGACCUUUGUUUUUUAUUUGAGGUGAAUUUGCUUACGUUAUUACAAUGACCGUCGUAGAUAUGUAUCAUAUGUAUUUCCGAUAUGCAUUUGUUUCAAAAAAUGUAAAAGCGGAACGAAUAGUUAGUUGAACUGAAUUAUUUGUUUUUUCAUUUUUGGAAAUGAAGACCCUAUAUCGAAAACACAAUUAUGAAAAGUAACUUUGCCUUGCAUCGACAGUUGAAUUUCUAUUUAUUAUAUUAUGUAUUUAUUAUUGCCAUUUUUAAAAAUAUGAAUUACAAUUUUGAAUGCAUUCUUCUA